CGAAAAUCAUCCCACAACGAACCAUCAGGAUGAAAACCACCCAAAACCCAACAGAAGAAUACCUCGCCCUCACCCAAACACCAGGUCAACUCGACCGCACCGAGCUCGAAACCAUCUACGACAGACUCAGCCCGGUGUCCCCCAAAUUUCUGGAUGGUGAAUGGAGCAUCCACCUACUCGACACGGGACAUCCGGCCCAGGCCAUCGCGGCGGACGGGCUGCCGCUCGUCCGGACACUCUUUUCUUUAAAGGAGACAGAGAAGGUCCGGCAAAUCAAGUUCCACGGUAUCGGCGCCUGCGCGGUCAUCCCCGACGGCGAGGACAAGGUAGAUCGGUUUCGAUAUGUGAAUGAGAGGACCGUGGCGGCGACCAAUGAGUAUAAGCCUUAUUAUCGGGAUUCCGGGGUUUUGCAUUUCUAUCUGACGCGGAUGGAUGGGUGAUGGAGUAGAUGGAUGCUAUGAUUACAGGUUUGUUGAUUUGAUUGGGGGCAUCUGAUUAAGCGCGUUUUGUACUGUCUCUGUGUUCGUCGAGGGAAAACUUUGAUUAGACGAAAUGUAGUGGAUGUGUUUACUCAACCCUAGUGUAAGUUUGGCCCUCGUCAUAAUCCCACCGCUCGGGGAUGGCUUUGAUCAGCGCGACAUGGCGCGGACUGAGGCCUACCUCCAUCCCCAGC